AUGGCUCUCCAGCUCGCACACGAAAAUAAUAUUGACGCUCUACUCAAACAAGAACCUUGGACGUUAAAAGAUCUAACAGCAAAAAGGUCAAUUUUAAACCCAAAAUUUGCGCUUUUCUCACCACUAGACGAAUGGCAUACUCGCCCCAGAGUUCUAACCUACAAUAGCAGUUCACAAGGACUGCGCUCAUACCAAAGUGAAAUUAAUACUUCUCCAGACCUACUGCAGGUGGUUAUCUCCACCGGGCAUGGUCGGAAAAUAGCUGUAUGGAAUGUGUACAACGCUCCAGCUGGGUCAAUCAGAGCAGGAGAAGGCCUUAAAAGGUUAAUCGAAUCGACUGGUACUCCUGAAUUUGUCGGUGGAGAUUUUAAUUUGCGACACCCAAUCUGGGACUCGCAUGCCACGUACACUUCUCAGGGGCGCAGACUUACUAGAAUGGGCAAGAGAGAAAGAACUUAUUCUCUUAAGCCCAACGGAAAUGUUGACACACAGGGGCGGCGGAACGUUAGAUCUAGCUUUCUCCUCCCUAGCCGGAGCUAA